GGGCUUAAUAUCUAUAUAGAACACAUUCAAACAAUCGCGUCCAAAUCACUCAGGAACGAGUUAUAUCGAUUCUGUUCUUUUAUUUAUCGGCUUAAGAUCGGGUCUCUUUUCUCGUUCAACAACUGAAUUUGAGAUGAAUCCCACGGAACCAACCAGCACUGAAGCUCUUAGCUCCAAAAUGAAGGAUGUAAUUGAUGUUCUUGCAAUGCAGCGUGAGAAAAGAAAUACCUUGCAAAAGAGUAUUACGAUUGAUUAUACAAAAUCGAGCGAUAGUUUUACGAUUUCACGAUUUAUUUUCGAAUGUGGUUUAAAGUUAGAGGCUCAUUCAUUGACAAUAGCUACUGCUGCAACACUGUACCACAGAUUUAUAAAAGAAGCAACUCAACAAGGAUAUGAUAAUUAUCUGAUAGCUGCGACUUGUCUCUACUUGGCUGGUAAAGCCAAAGACGAUACACUGAAGAUAAGAGAUGUUAUGAAUGUAUCCUACAACACACUUCACAGAGGAUCUCAGCCACUGGAUCUUGGAGAUCAGUAUUGGAGUAUGAGAGAUGCUAUUGUUCAAGCUGAGCUUUUAAUCAUGAGAAUGCUGAAGUUUCAAGUCACACCUAUACACCCACACAAAUAUAUGCUUCACUACUUACGGUCUCUGCAAGCCUGGUUUGGGGAAGAAGAAUGGUCCAAAUAUCCAGUUGCCAAAACCAGUAUGGCAUUAUUGCAAGAUUUUCAUCAUUCCCCAUCUAUUCUUGAUUAUCCACCGAAUUUAAUUGCAAUAGCUUGCAUUAACUUGUCAUUGCAAAUUUACGGUGUUGUCGUACCUUUGAUGGAUGAGUGUGAUCAACAACCAUGGUUUAAUGUAAAUAUGCCAUGGUUUAAAGUUUUCUGCAAAGAUUUAACGAGAGACAAACUAUGGGAGAUUAUGGAAAAAGUGAUGGCAGCAUAUGACGAGGAGCCUGAAACAAGAGACAAUUAAUGAAUGUUAAUUUGUGUUGCGAUAAUAACUCAUUCCUCUCAUAUCGCAAUAUUAAACUAUUAAUUAUAUAAUAUUAUAUUAAACUAUUGUAUUAUAUAAUCUAUUAUAUAAUCUGUAAUAAACAAAAACCAAAUUAAAAGUUAAGUUAAAAGUUGAUUAUAUAAAACA